GCGAGCGGAGCAGAGCGCUGCGGGCUCACAAAGCGGCCGGACGCGCGGCGGCGGCGGGUGGCAGGAGUGCAGGGACGCGAGCCGGCGAUCAGCCUUCCCGGCGACGGUGCCGCGGGAGCUCGAGCAGCUCGGACGCGGGGACCCGGGCCGGCCCCCAAGAUGCCUGCGAUCGUGGUGUUGGCGGCGGCCGCCGCGGCGUGGUGCUUCCUUCAAGUCGAGAGCCGGCACCUGGACGCGGGCCCCAACCACGGCAAUUUCCUAGACAAUGACCAGUGGCUGAGCACCGUCUCCCAGUACGACCGGGACAAGUACUGGAACCGCUUUCGAGACGAAGUUGAGGAUGAUUAUUUCAGAAACUGGAAUCCCAACAAGCCCUUUGACCAAGCCCUGGACCCAUCCAAGGACCCCUGCCUGAAGGUGAAAUGCAGCCCUCACAAAGUGUGUGUGACCCAGGACUACCAGACUGCCCUGUGUGUCAGCCGCAAGCACCUGCUCCCCAGGCAAAAGAAGGGGAACGUGGCCCAUAAACACUGGGUUGGACCUUCGAACCUGGUCAAAUGCAAGCCCUGUCCCGUGGCACAGUCAUCCAUGGUCUGCGGCUCAGACGGCCACUCCUACACAUCCAAGUGCAAAUUGGAGUUCCAUGCUUGUUCUACUGGCAAAAGCCUCGCCACCCUCUGUGAUGGACCCUGUCCCUGUCUCCCGGAGCCUGAGCCACCAAAGCACAAGGCGGAAAAGAAUGCCUGCACAGACAAGGAGUUGCGGAACCUUGCUUCCCGGCUGAAGGAUUGGUUUGGAGCUCUUCACGAGGAUGCAAACAGAGUCAUCAAGCCUACCAGCUCCAACACAGCCCAAGGCAGGUUUGACACCAGCAUCCUACCCAUCUGCAAGGACUCCCUGGGCUGGAUGUUCAACAAGUUGGACAUGAACUAUGACCUCCUGCUUGACCAUUCAGAGAUCAAUGCCAUCUACCUGGAUAAGUACGAACCCUGUAUCAAGCCUCUGUUCAACUCUUGUGACUCCUUCAAGGAUGGCAAGCUCUCUAACAAUGAGUGGUGCUACUGCUUCCAGAAGCCUGGAGGUCUCCCUUGCCAGAAUGAAAUGAACAGAAUUCAGAAGCUGAGCAAGGGGAAAAGCCUGCUGGGGGCCUUCAUACCUCGGUGUAAUGAGGAGGGCUAUUACAAAGCCACACAGUGCCAUGGCAGCACGGGGCAGUGCUGGUGUGUGGACAAAUAUGGGAAUGAGUUGGCUGGCUCCAGGAAACAGGGUGCUGUAAGCUGUGAAGAGGAGCAGGAAACCUCAGGGGAUUUUGGCAGUGGUGGCUCUGUGGUCCUGCUGGAUGACCUAGAAGAUGAGCGGGAGCUGGGACCAAAGGACAAAGUGGGGAAGCUGAGGGUGCACACCCGAGCCGUGACAGAGGAUGAUGAGGACGAGGACGACGACAAAGAGGAUGAGGUCGGGUACAUAUGGUAGUGCCCGCAAGAAAGAGGACACAAGUUUUGCACAAAAUUGCAAGUCAAAUCCUAUUCUUGCAUUUGUAUCUGAGACUCCAAGGCACCAAGGUCUCUUCUCCAUUGUUCCUCUCUAUACCCGACCUAAGGUUUGGAAGACAACUGCUUGUUCCCAGAGGAUUCUGAUUUUUGCAUAUGUUUGUAUGGGAGAAAGAGUGUUGCGUUUUGUUGCUGUUUAUUUUUUGGAUAGGGAAAUGGCCGAUUAACUAGAGCCUCCUUCCCUCCUGUGAGAUUUUUCCAACAAGCAUGUGAUUUAUGUGGAAUUCUGACAGUGCAGGGAGCCCCCACCCUCUUAAACGUCAAAGACCCUUUUGGUUACCCACACUGGUGGUUAUUACAGCAUGGUUCCCAGCCUUACAGUGUCUAAGUGCUUUUCUUGUGUCCUGUAGAUGUUGUGAAAAAGAAAAAAAAAAACACACACACACACACACAUACCACACUGUACAUUUCCCCCCUGCCACUUAUUACUCCUCGUGUUUAUUAUUAAAAAUUUGUUUUUUCACAUCAUUCUAUCUGGCUUCCUAUAAACAACAGCCUUAAUUCAGUUAAGACUCCCUUUGGGGAAUUCAUUUUAUAAAAAAUCAGUGUCUGGAUACUUCUCUGUACAUGCAUAAAUACGCAUGCAUGUAUAGAAAGACUGUGUGUGUUCUUUGCACACACACACAUACCUCUCAGAAAAAGUGUUUGACUAUCUUAAAAAUUCACCUGAGAAACAAUUAUAAAUUUGUCAGCUUGUCCAGACUGGAACGAAAUUUCUAGAAUAAGAAAUUUGUAUCAAAGUCCUUUUUUGCACUAACGGUUGGCACUUGUAGCCUGCAGGCUGAGGAGGUCUCUUCUGUGUGCAUCAGCAGUUACUGAAAGCCUCUGAUUGAGAAAAAACCUCCGUCUGCCUAAAUCACUUUUCUCACAGAAGCCAUGUGACUCCCACACAACAUGGGCCGCUUCACAAGCCAUCAUCUCUUUCAUUUCUGCUCCAAGCGCCCUUGGCUGCAGCCGUCCUGUCUGCCACAGGUUCCUUCCUUCCUUACCUACUCAAGGGCUUUUUCUAAGGCAUGCACACAUAUCCCCUGUUCUCUGAGAGGAGAGUACCAUGGUGUUCCUUAAGAGAAGAAAAUUUCUAAUUCUGAAC